AUGAUUUCACAAUUUCUUUCGAAUAAUCCAUUUAUUCCACCAAUAAAUUCACAAUUAAAAACACAAGGCAGACUAAUUGAAAAUCAAAAUAAAUCAAAUAUGUUUAUGCAAAAAACUAUAAUCUCAACCAAAGAUGAACAACAACAACAACAAGCAGAAAUAUCUAAAACAUAUUCAGUGACGAAUAAUAAGCAAUCCAUCAAAGUAACAUCGCACGUUCUCACUCGACGUUCGCCUGAAGGUUAUAAAAAUCUACGAGCUAAAACAAUACGAGUCGGUAAAAUUCGUUGGCCACCACCAAUCAAUACAGACGAAACUGAUCAUGCAAAUCAGCAAAGACGAUUACUUAUACAACGUCGUAUUAAAGAAGAAAUUCAUGGUAAUGAACAAAUUGCAAAAGAUCAUAUUUCCAAUGAUAAAAAAUCUCUAUUGUCUGACUAUGAUGAUGAUACGUCUGCCAACGAAAUGAUUUUUCGUAACAAAAAAUCAUUCGGAUUAAUGCUUGAUAAAGAAAGUUAUCAGCUUCGUAAAAAUUUAUUUGAACAUCUCAACAAAUCAUCAUUUGUAGAUUUAACACAUAAUUCAAAAUCAAAUAAUCAACAACAAAUACGUGCAACUAGUCAAAACACAUCCAUUCUAUCAGGAUCAUCAAUAGAUGUUUUCCCACCGAUAUCAGCUGCACUACCAACAAUACUUGACGAGGAAGAUAUCAAUCAAACAAUACGUGAUCGAACUUUCUCCGAAGAUAUUUAUGAUCGUCUUACAUAUCAAACAUUACUUAAUACAAAUUCAUAUUCAAGUCGCGAACAAUUAACUCAAUCAUCAAUAAAAAGUUCGAAACGACGACGUCAUUUUAAUAAUCCUACAAAUAAAAAACGUUUAUAUCGUCGUCGACCGCCAACUUAUAUUAAAGAAUUAAAAGCUUAUUUAGCUCAUCGAGAAUCAUCUGUGAAUGAUGUUGUAAAAAUAUCUGAUGUAAAGAAAUUUAGUAAUGUUCUUGUUUGGUUAUCGGGUCAAACAACACCAUCAUCUUUAAUUGAAACAUCAACAACAACAUCGUUAAUAAAAGCGGAUAAUAUUGAUAAUAAUCAUUUAUCAUCUAUUACUCCUGAUUCUGUUAUUGCUACUACACAAGAUAUUUCGCAAUCCUAUUCAGGCGUAUUUUCACCAACUGAAACAUUUGAACAACCACUUUUAAUUGAAUUACUUUAUUUGCAAAUUGUACAUGAUGUAUUCUCAUCAGCCUGUAUUCGUAUAAGCGAAGCAGAACGAACAAACAUGAAGAUAUUUCUAUCUUCUCAUGGUGUUGCAACUAUUAGUGAUAUUAAUUUAAUAAAAACAUUGUCAGCAAAAAAAGAUAUUAUUGAACAAGCACGUCAAUGGUCAAUCUAUUUCUGUCGACUCUUUCCAAUAUCUACGUUCGUGUCUCAUCCAAAUGAAGAACAAUUUCUCGGUUUAUCACAUUGUGGUAUUCGAUUAGUUAAACAAAGUCGAACAACAACUCAGAAAGAUGCAUUACAAGUUCUUGAAACAUUUCCAUUUGAUACGAUUCAAUAUGUUUCACCGAUUCGAAAUGAUUCAACCAUCGAGUUAACUCUAUCGAAAAAACGUAUUACACUUAGUUCUCAUCGAAUUCUAUGUGUCAGACAAAUGAUUGAAAAUUAUUUACAAGAAUACCGAACUGAUGGAAACAAACAAGAAUCUCAUGGAUCUAAUCAAAAAUUAACAUCACCUCUAUUAUCAAAUACGAGUGAUUUAUUUAAAUCGUCAAGUCAAACUAGCUUAUUGAGUUAUAGUCAAACAUUCAGUGAAUUAAUUCCAUCAACAUCAUUCGAAAUUUAUACGCCGAAACCAACUAAAAAUGAUAUGGCAUGCUCAAGUCUCUCUGUAUUACCUACUGGACAUUCAAUGAUGGAAUUCGCUCUGCAAAAUUUCAAAAUUCCAAAUAAACGGCGAUCAAAGAAAAAAUGGAAAACAUCAGAAUGGACAUGGCAAGAUUAUGCUGAACUUAUUAAAUGGUCUAAAAGUCCAAUUGAAACUCCACUGCUUCGACAUUCAUCAAAGGAUCCAAUUCGUAUUGUUCGACAAUGUUUUCUUUCUAUUAUGCGUUUUAUGAAUGAUCAUACUAUGUCACGAGGUCAAACUGAUAUUGAUUGUCUUCACUAUCUUCUUAAAAAUAUGCAUAAACAUCGAAGUUUAAUUGAUGAAAUUUUAUGUCAAACAAUAAAGCAAUUAACCGAUAAUAAAAGUGUAAAAACUGAUAGUAUAGAACGCGGUUGGAAAUUACUUGCACUGAUACUUAAUCAUUUUAUUCCAAGUGAACAUUUACAACCAUAUUUUGUAAAAUAUCUUCAUGAUAAUCGAAGUAAAAAUGAAAAACUAGCACUAUUAUGUUUACAACAUUAUGAACAAACAUUGAAAUAUGGCGGACGAAAAAAUCCACCAAAUAAAGGAGAAGUCGAUCUUCUAAUAGCUAAUGCUGAAAAUGUUGGGAAAAAUCAACCUUUUAUAUUGCCAGGUGGAUAUCCAUUGUCCUUGGUGAUAACACCAUCAAUGGUAAUCGAUGAUUGCCGUAAUCUUUUAUGUGAACGUCUUAACAUGUCAAACUCAUUAGAAAUGGAUGAAUAUUCAAUUUUUAUUAUCAGCGCUUCGGAUCACUCAGCGCGUCUAUUGGAUUCAAGAGAAUAUCUUUUUGAUAUUACCAAUGAAUGUUUCAGAGUCAAUAUGAUAGAUUUUCAUUUUAUGAUGAAACGCAUUCUUUGGUUUAACAUUCCAUUCACAUUCAAUACUAAUAAUCAAUCGGAAACAUUCAUUCAUUUCAUGUAUCAUCAACUUAUACCAGAACUACUAGAAGGAACAAUGAUCAUUUUAAAUAAUAAUCAUCUCUCUGAUGAGCUCGUGCAAGAAAUUUCAUUGAUGGCUGCACUUCAAUAUCGAGCUUCAAAUAAAAUUGAUCUGCCAACUAUGCGAGAAAUUAAAUCUCUUCUGCCCGCAACGAUAUUGAAAUUGAAAAGUGUAGCUCCUCAAGAAUGGACAACAGCUAUUCAUGAUAAAUUAAGUUCGUUUGUUGAAUCGAUGCCAAUCAUUGAGGCUAAAGUUCAAUUUUUAAAUCUCAUAAAAACAUGGCCUUUAUUCGGUACAACAUUCUUCACUGUCGAGUCAAUCGAUGACCCAACAAUUCGAUCACCAUGUUUUUCUGGUAUUUCUCGAAAUGGCAUCGUAUUUCUUGAUUUAGAUACUCGAGAAACACUGUUUACAAUUCUGUACGAUGAUGUCGUAUCAAUUCGUCGUCAUCGAAAUUCAAUCGCAAUAAAAUAUGGUAGUUUAAGUCAACCAGAUGUAAUUCUAUGUCAAAUUGAAAAAGCUCAAGAUUUCGUAACGUUGAGUGGACGCUAUUUAAGUUUGAUUGGUCGAAGUUUAUCAUCAGGAUUGGAAAGAAAGAGCGAUAUUCAACAAAUUCAUAGAUCAUUAACAUCGAUAUGUAAUGAUGCGAUUAGUACUGUCUUAUAA